AUGCUGCACAUCUUUGCGUCUCACAGGCAGUACCUGGACUCCACACGUUACAUCCUGUUUGCCUACAUGCUGAUCAACGACACUCUCCAGCUCUUGUCUUCUGUGCUGCUCUUCCUCUUUGUCAUGGGCCAGGUGAAAUUUUAUUUUGUCUUCUGUGUUCCUGUGCUGUUCUUUUCCACUGCCACCUUCCAGAACACGCCUUUAAUCCUGGCCACCAUGUCUCUGGAGCGCUAUGUUGCUAUCUUCUAUCCGCUGCAGCGCCCGGCCGCCUGGCGCUCACACCGUAUCUGGGUAAUUAUUCUGUCCCUGUGGCUCAUCAGCUGUAUCUUGCCUAUAGUUGAAUACUCCAUCGGUGUGAGUGAUCCUGCUGCAGUUGAAAUCCUCUCUAGACCUGUGCUUUGCAAAGCUGCCAUUAUCAAAACAUCUCGAAUCCAGGCUUUGUUCAAAGUUGGUAUCUAUAUUCUCUUUUUUGCAGUCGUGGCUGUUGUCAUUCUCUUUACCUAUGUGAGAAUCCUGUUGGAAACAAGGAAGCUGAGACAGGACAAAGCGUCUGUGAGCAAAGCCAUGCACACUGUGCUGCUACACGGCUUUCAGCUGCUGCUGUGCGUUUUGGCUUUCACGAGCCCCAUCACUGAAAGUCUCAUAGUGCUGCAUGCCAACUGGCUACCAGAAGACAUUGCCUUUUUUAAUUAUUUCUGCUUCAUCCUUACUCCACGCUUUCCUCAGCCCGCUCAUAUACGGCUUUAG